UGUAUACCAUGUGCCCAAGUGACGUGGAUAUGUAGAGCUACACAGAAUACAACAUGCACAAUUCAUGGCAGCAUCCUUUCACCAUGUACCAUCAUAUACAUAUGUAGUAUCCAACCACGAACCCCCCUGAACCAUCCAAUAAAAAGCAAAGAAUCCCAUGAUACUCAUCCGUCCCCACCAUACCCCUCUUCCAUCCGAACUUCCCCCGACCAUCCCCUCCCCCUUUCCACCCCUCACCCUUUCCACCCCUCACCCCACCACAACCCCAGAACAAAAAGAUCCCCCAAAGAAUGAGAAAAAAAGAAAGGCCGUAAAUCUCACAUCUCUGUGAGGCUUAUCAUCAAGAU